AUGGUUCGUUUCAGAACGGACUUAUCAACAUGGGUUGAAAUCCUUCUGGACAGCUGUGGUCAAAGUCUGUGGAAGAGCUGGCUUAAAAACACCAGCCGUGAACUCAACGUAGACGAACUUGUCAUCUCACCGCCUCUCAAGACCAUUCUGAAAUGCUUCGAGAGAUGCUAA